AUGUAUUCAGAAGAGAAGGUAGUGACUCUAUCUAACAUGGAAGUUAAGUGGUUAAACUUAUUAAAGUAAAUUUCAAAUGAUGACUUGGAUAUGUUGAGGAGAUAAUUUGAAAAAUAAAAAUAAUCAUUAAAGGAUAUUGAAGAAAAAAAUGAAUAACAAACAAUAGAAGAAAAGUGA